AUCUACAAUGUUCUACAUUUAUGACCCAAUGACUAAUAUGAUAAAGGAUUGUAUUUAUACCUGCAUGGUUCCAUGUAUAGAUGUUGUAUUGUGGAACAUAUUUCACACAACCACAGGGAAUCUAAUAGUUUAUGCAGGCUUUCUAAAAGGCAAACCACUGCAACCAAAUCCAUUUUGUAACAUCCGAGGUGCAACGAUUAAGUCCUGUAAUAUGUUAUGGUAAUGUUAUCUCCCAUUAUCAAAAUCGGAUUCUGGCUGGAGGGCACAGGAAGAUAAUACUAAUGCUGUGCACUCCCUCCACCUAAAAUCUUCUGAAUGUUCCUUUGGCUAUCAUGCUUUCCAUGGGAUAGGUCCAUCCUAUCAUAAAUCAUGUAAAUCAACAAAUCUGAAGAUAUCCUUCCAUUUUUCCUGCAGGCUUGUCACCAUCAUCUUUUCUCCACCUACACCAUUUUAGACAAUCCAUAGAUGUUAGCUAUGAUUUUAGCACCUACACUGCUUUGAUCUACAGAAUUGUACUAUAAGCUUUUCAGCAGGAAAGACAAGCUUGUACCCAACACCAUCUCUUUAUGAUGAUGUCCCUGUUUUCCUCCUCACCAAUGGGCUAGUGACCUCCACAUGCAAGGGGCAGCCAAGAUUCCUGGAAUGUUGGAGGCAACCAGGAUGGAGCUGGAGUUGUGUAAUAGUGAGAACUAAAAGGGGAGGGGACAGAUCUGGCAUACCAUGAGAAGCAGUGACUAUAAGUGAAGCCGAACAGGACGUAGCACUACACAACCACCUGCAGCUGAAUGUGGAUUGAUCCUACUGCUUCAGUUAAAUUGGUCCUUUGCAGCUAAAUUUGAUUGGAAUCAAAAGCAAUGGCACUGUACAUCUUCAUCAUCUUCUCUAUUAGCUGGUCUGCAAUGUUGCAUGAAGGGUUUGGUUUGCCUGUAAUAAAUCAGUCUGCUGGAAACGUCCCACAUAGACAGCGCACCAAACGAUGUUCUUGCAUUACCCAGCUGGACUCUGAAUGCCACUACUUCUGCCAUCUGGACAUCAUCUGGGUGAACACACCAAGUAAGACUACUGUAUAUGGGCUGGGGAGUCCAUUGGCCCGACGCCGCAGAUCUGCAGGCCGCUGCUUCUGUGCCAAUCCUGCUGACCAAACCUGUAACACCUUCUGUGUCCACAGCUCAGACAAUACUGCUGACCUGCUGAGGAGCUUUUCUGAACCACUGCAGGAAAAACCUGAGUUUAAUUCAGACCUCCAUGUUGCCUUGGAAAACCUGAACAAUGCUGAUUCAGGAAUAGAAGUCACUGAAGGGUCUAUGAAUAAUGCUCAUGUUGAAUUUCAGACAUUCCUCAGGAACCUGUUGAGAGCUAAAUCCAGGGCCAUGAAGAUGGCUGCUACUGCCAAGCAAAAAAGCUUAAGGGCCCAUAAGCCAGGCCCUAGGUAAAGCUUUCCUGGAGACAGUAAUGAGGAGAUCGAGCACCUGAACAAAACACAACCCCAUGGACUGUGGGGUAGAGCAUGAAGAAGAUGUCAGAUGGAGCAACCUGAGAAAAUAAAAGGCUGAAAAUAGCAGAGGCAGUGGAAGAGACAAUAAGGAUCAAACCUUUAAGUCAUGUAGAAAGGUCUAGAUACAGAGAGUAGACAGGCAAGUGAUAAAUUCAUUGUGGCGAAAAAGUCUGAAGAACAUGAAUGUUGAGGUUGUGCUCAGCUGAUAGCAUGGAGGUUGGCUCCUUAGAUAAAGUCCUGCAAUGCAAUCAUGAAUAUUUGGCCACCGAAUAAGAUGUUGAUAAAAUUUCUAAAGUAAUGACAACAUUUAUUUUGGGUGGGAAGAGGAAAACAACAACUUGUGUUGAUGGUGUCAUUUUACAUCAUGAUUGAGAGGUGUUGCAUGCAAUUAAGGGAUUAAGAUUCUGAAGUUAAAAAAAAAUGCAAUUGGAGUUAAGAAGCUAAGAAAAGCCAUAUUUCUUGAAACAGCCAACAUUUGUAUAAUCCAUACCAAUCAUAACACUGAAUAGGGUCUAGCUAUUUUGUAUAAUGCCUUUAUGGCUUACUUGUUGAAAUUAAAUCUCUUUGUUCAUCCUGUUAAUUACCUGUUUGAUAUUUGUUAUGGCAACAGCUUAUAAUAGAUCUGUGUUUGUCAAAGACACUUUAGCUAUAAUGCUAGAUAAAUGCUAGAUAAGGAAGCUGACUACAUGAGGAGAGCUGCAAUUAUCAUGCAAGAGCUUUGUAAUGUAUGUAUAAUGAGUGACAUAUUAGCCAUAUUAGCUUUGCUUCCUUAGAUGGUAUAGAAGUACAUGUUCUUACUCAAACUGUAUAUUCAGGUUUUUUUUUUUCUUUUAUAGUUAUGUAUUUCUUUCAUAUUAAUAUUUAUAUUAGUUGAUAUAUUAAAAUUAAUAUAUAUUAAACAUAUAAUAGUUUGUAUAAGUUUUAAAAAUAAACAAUUCCAAACCAUUCAAAUGAGUGCCAUUUCAACCUUAUUACCAUCCAAAUUAAUCUCUUGCCCAAACUACUCCUAAGCAUUUCCAUGCUUAGAGUGAUAAAUUGUUCCAGUUCUCUUCUGCAUGAACAAUGCCUGUUAAGAGAUGGUAAUUAAUAAAGCAAGUAGGUGAAUUAAGCAGUCAGUCAUGUAAAUGCACAUUGGAUA